GACCUCCAGGCGGCGGCCUUCUUUCAUUUUAAACUUUUAAUCUGAAAAACCCGGACUGGGAGGAAGCGGAAGUCUCGUUGUUUGACUGGGAUGUGUGGCUGGCGGCGGGAUAGCUGUGCUGUUUGUUAUUAGUGAGUUUGAAGAAGACAGAGCUCCAGAAUCCAGAGUGAGUCCAGCAGCCCCAGUGGAGAUCUGCUGGAUCUCAGGACCAGAGAGGAAUGGAGGAGGACAACCAGAACCCGGAGCAGCAGAGCACCGAGGUCCCCAGAAGACCAGCAGCAGACUGGGACUCUGAUAGCAGCCAUGUUCAGAAACGGAGAGGAGGAAAGGGACCCAAACGUCACCACUGUCAACACUGUGACAAAUCCUUCACAUCAUCUGGAUAUUUAAAGAUUCAUCAGAGAGUUCACACUGGAGAGAAGCCGUACAGCUGUGAUCAAUGUGGGGCAGCUUUCAUACAACAGGGACACCUAAAAAGCCAUCAACGCAUUCACACAGGAGAGAAGCCGUACAGCUGUGAUCAAUGUGGGGCAACUUUCACACGACAGGGACACCUAAAAAGCCAUCAACGCAUUCACACAGGAGAGAAGCCGUACAGCUGUGAUCAAUGUGGGAAAACUUUCACACGACAGGGACACCUAAAAAGCCAUCAACGCAUUCACACAGGAGAGAAGCCGUACAGCUGUGAUCAAUGUGGGGCAGCUUUCUUACAACAGGGACACCUAAAAAGCCAUCAACGCAUUCACACAGGAGAGAAGCCGUACAGCUGUGAUCAAUGUGGGAAAACUUUUUCUCAUUAUGGUGACCUUGAAAGACACCGACGUGUUCACACUGGGGAGAAGCCGUACUGGUGUGAUCAAUGUGAGGAAACUUUUUCUGUGUAUUCUUCUUUAUGACAUUCUUAUGACUCCAUAUCAUCCUUCAGUUUAUCACAAACAUUCAACAUCAGCACACAUCUGGAGAUUCAUGGUUUGUAUUGUACAGGAAGGGAAAAACUGUAUGUCUGUCUUUUGAACAGUAAGUAGAACGAUAUUUCCUGCAGAAAAUGCUUGUGAAUGCUGAAAAGCUAAACUACUAAAGCUGAACUAGAUUGCUGGCUUUAAUGUGUAAGAAGGUAAAGCAGUGAGAAAAGAUGGAAUGGUUUAAAUUAGUAAAAAUGUUAAAUAACAGCAAGAAUGUAUUAUACAAAAGUGGAAUAUUUUAAGGUUUUCUGGAAAGCUGUCACUACAUUGAAUUGCAAGCUUCGAUGUGUAAGAAGAAGGUGAGGUUGUAGAAAAAUGUGCAAAAGUGGAAAUGGUUCCAAAUAAUAUGAACAUCUUUAAAAAGAUGAAUACUAGUAACAUUGUAUGAAAAGUUUUUGUAAAAGCCAAUGCCAAACUGAUUUGCCAGCUUAAAUUUGAAUGAAUAGUAUUCAAUAUUUACAAGUUGUAAAAAGAUUCUUAAUGAAAAAAAAGAUGCAGAACAUUUUAAGGUUUGAAGGCAGGUAGAUAGAAAGGCAGACAGACAGACAAGAUAUCAUGAAGCUGAAUACAACUGUAAUAGCUACAUGUUUUGUGAACAGUUUAAAGUUUGAAUGAUGUCUGUAGUUAAAAUGAUGUGGGAGGAGAAGCAUCCAAGUCAUAGUAUAGUAUGUCAAAACUUUUGAAAUAAAGUUCUAGUAUAGCAUGUUGAAAAAAUUGUUGAAAAUACCAAGGUGGUUCAUAUUUUUUUUACUUUAUCAUUUCAAGUAUUCAUGGUAAGAAAAUGUAUUAAACAGAUGUUUUCAUUUGUGAUCCAUUCAGAUGGUUGUUGGGUCUCUAAAAGGGACUGAGUUUCUACAACCAGUCAUGUGGAAAAGGCUUUGUUGAUUGGUUCUGAAAUCUUCCUGUUUGAACAUUUAUAUUUUUAUAUUUCUGACUGAAUGUACUGCACAGCUCUAUUUUUGAUGACAUCAUUACCUGCUCCGGGACUCAUGGUGUUUCAAAAACUUUAUUAAAUGAGCAGUUUAUAAGAAUAAUAAAUGUGUCCAGAAGCCCCGCCCUCCUCGGCUGUCUGUCACUCUGUCAGCUGAUUGGCUCUCUUGGCUGCGGGAGCUUCACCUGUUCAGGUAGAAACACAGAAGCACAGCUGGAACAUUUAUCACUCAUUAACCAUCUGCUGUUCUGUCUCAAGUGAUGGAGGCGGGGCUUACAGUCUGCAGUUGGCCAAUGGCUGCAGC